AUAAUAAGAUCAAAUCCAUCUUUUCCUCUGCGUGUCCAGAUACACGACCAGACAGAUGCACCGAGAGCUCUCUCCAGCAUUAUUAUUUUUUUACCAUUACCAUAUUUUUGACUUGAUACUUUUAAACAGCCUUCGUUUUAUUUGAUCACUCAGGGAUAGCCUACGCUAAGCAUCUGUAAGAGAAGCACGCGCUGUGUCCCGACGCAUCUGUGAGGGAGAUGGACUUCACAGCAGACGAGGAGCUGCAGGAGCUGUGUCCGGUGUGUGGAGAUAAAGUGUCCGGAUAUCAUUACGGCCUUCUUACCUGCGAAAGCUGUAAGGGUUUUUUCAAGAGGACGGUUCAGAAUAACAAGAGAUACACGUGCACACAGAACCAGGACUGUGGCAUCGACAAAACCCAGAGGAAGAGAUGCCCCUUCUGUCGCUUCCAGAAGUGCCUCAGCGUCGGCAUGAGACUCGAGGCUGUCCGUACAGAUCGAAUGAGAGGAGGAAGGAACAAGUUCGGUCCCAUGUACAAGCGGGACCGUGCCCUGAAACAGCAGAAGAGAGCUUUAAUUCGAGCCAGCGGUUUUAAAAUAGAGGCCAACCCGUCUCUCCUGUCCAGCUCUCAGACAGAAUACCAGCUUCCCGGAUCGCUCUCAGGACUCCAUCCCACUUCUCUGUCCUCUCUGGAGUACGACUGCCCUCCUCUCUGCCCCCCGGCCCUGGGUGUAGCGCUGCAGAGCUAUGGUUCAUUCCCGGCUCAGUACCACUACACUGCUCCCUCCUUACCCAGCAGAUCGAUUAAAGCUGAAUAUCCAGACGCGUACUCCAGCUCACCAGACUCCUCGCUGGGGUACCCGUACCCUGACGGCUGCAUGCCUGCGUCCCCGCACACCAGCCCCAUGAACCCUGGCUUGCCCCCGCUGGUGCUCGAGCUGGUCAGCUGUGAUCCAGAUGAAGAGCAGGUGAGAGGAAAGAUCUGUGCAUACCUGCACCAGGAGCAAAGCGGCAAGGGGAAGCUGGACAAACCACGGCCGUCCAGCCUGUUGUGUGUCAUGGCAGACCAGACAUUGUUCUCAAUAGUCGAGUGGGCAAGAAGCUGUGUCUUCUUCAAGGAACUAAAGGUAGGAGAUCAGAUGCGACUGCUGCAUAACUGCUGGAGUGAGCUGCUGCUACUCGAUCAUAUCUGCAGACAGGUGCAUCAUGGGAGAGACAACAGUCUGCUACUCAUUACAGGACAGGAGGUGGAUCUGUCGGCGGUGUCUGACGCGGGACCUCCUCUGGUCAGUAUGGUGCAGAGAGGACAGGAGCUGGCCAGGAGACUGCAGCUGCUGCAGGUGGACAGAAGAGAGAUGGCCUGUCUGAAGUUCCUCAUCCUCUUCAACCCCAAUGUGAAGCUCCUGGAGAACCAGCAGUAUGUGGAGAGCCUUCAGGAGCAGGUGAACAGCGCUCUGCUCGAGUACACGCUCUACUCUUACCCUCAGUGUCUGGACCGCUUCAGUCAGCUCAUACUGCGGCUGGCUGAGGUCCGGUCACUCAGCGUGCAGGCCGAGGACUUCCUGUGCUACAAGCACCUGUGCGGAGAAGUGCCGUGCAACAAUCUGCUCAUAGAAAUGCUUCACGCCAAGAGGUCCACCGCCGUGUGAAGGUGACACUGCUUUGAGAGUUUAAGCCAUACGCGCAAAAUAGAUGGUGAACAGUUUUCCAAAGGCAAUUCUUUUUACCUUAUGUGACGAAUGUACAGAGUUUUUUCAUUUGUAUUCUCUUAAAAUCAUCUGAGCAUGACAAUCAUUUGUGGACGCGGAGGUGUUUUUAUAGCGCUUUCGUCUUUGUGACGUUUUUCUCUCGGCUAAGCGUGAUCUCUGCAGAUGUUUCAUUUUGAAUGCUUAUGCAUCUCUGUUAUUUUAUCUUAAUGCUCCUGUGCUUUUGAAUGGAUGAUGAGUAUUGUAAUUUCUUUGAUUUAUUCGAAUACAUUUAUUAAGUUGGUAUUUAAAAAACAUUCCAAAAGGACCUGUCCGAAAACGAAUCGAAUGAGACAAAAAGAUAUUUAUUGAAAUAAUGUAAUCAACAGUAUCAAUUAAACUAUUUAAAGCACAUUUUUACAUAGAUUACACAUUUAUUUGUCUUUCCUUUUAACUGAAAAAAAAAGAAUGGGUUGCAAUAAAAUAAUAUAAACGAGA